AUGGUGUCAUUUAGUACGGUAACCAUCGUUCGCGCGAUUUCUGUCCGUCUGCUCUUCACGUGCCACGGCCUAGUAUCAAUAUGGCGGCUGUACUACGUCACACACGACACCAGGUUUUGGUAUCUGGGACUGGCCAUGGCUUUUCUGCUCAUGGAGACGUCUGUCACUCUGGUGAAGAAUCGCGGUAAAGAGUGGAAAUGGUUCUGUCCAAGUGUGUUUAUAUAUCUCGUCAGUACGGUCCCAUCCAUUUGGUUUCUCGAAUUGCACGAGAUGGAAAAACGGAUAUCUACCACUAAUACCAGUCGUGGACACCCCCAAAACGAUUCUCUUGAGGACCUUAGCGCUGAACUUGGAAAUGUGCUUGGUGUCCGAUUCGAGAUCAGGAUUCCGAUUUUGCUGUCACCGGACCAAUGGAUCCGUACCUUAGAACAAAUCCUCUUGCUCAUACUGAUCCUGGGGCGGUGGAUACUCCCGAAAGGAAAACUCACACAUGAUCAGCUUUCUCAGUUGUUGUUGGUUUAUAUCGGCACGGCUGCAGACAUCGUCGAAUUCUUUGAAGCGUUUAAAGAAGAGGAGGUCCGGUACAACAAGAUGUUGUGCAUAAUCAUCCUUGGUUUGUGGUCCCUAAGUCUCAUCCAGUUCACGUUGGUACUGACUGCUGCUAAAGCUCGACGAGAUCAAUCUGGUCUCGUGACCGGAAACGAGAGUGGACGGCGCCCGCGGAGUGGAUGUUGCGCCGCAGACGUUUACGGGAUCCUCAUAUCUAUUUUGCUGCAAGAUCUACCUUUCCUAAUUCUUCGACUUUUAUUGAUUUUUAAGUAUAAAGUACUCAGUUAUACAAAUAUGUUUUUCACUUCUAAAAAUUCACGUCAUAGUUCUGUUGCUGUAUCGGCUAAUUGUGGUUUACAUUGAACGUAAGAGCCACAAACCGAAUGCAGUAGACCACCGAGAGUAUCCGCAGGAAAAUUUUGGAAGUCCUCGGGAGGUAAUGCCAAGAAGUCACAGCGUCAGCCAUAA